AUGACUGCCCCGCGGAGAUCUAAGCGGAUUCAGGCUCUCAAUCAAACAAACGAAGGCUCUCAGGGAGCUACCGGAACCCUUGAAACCCUCGAAGCCCUCGAAGCCCCAAGGAAACAUCACCCCCAGAAGAGAAGAAGGACUACUGGGAGCCAGCGCGGAAAGUUAGAGGGACAGAACUCCAAAGGACAUUCCAAAGAGGGGCCUCCUAAAGAACAGGCCACAAAAGAAGAGACUCCAGUGGUCGAUCCGGCCGCUCGUUGGGUAUGGUACCACCCGCAUAGACAUAAGCAAUUUGUCUCAAGACUAACGUAUAUCAAGGCUGAGCUGGAAAAGAAGCAGGCCGACAAAGCAAAAGAACAACACAAGGAAAAUCGUCGAAAAAUUGAACAGAGCAGAAUAUAUCUUCAUGAGGUGUUGGCUCUCGACCGCAAAGACGGCUACGCACAACAAUUCUGGGGUGACCUUGCAAGAAGCAUCAAGUGCCUCGCAGAUGAAUCUCGCUUUUGGGACAAGCCCUGGGGCAGCCUCGGAGAGGACCUCCAACAGAAGUUCCUUGGAUAUGCCCCUAACAUAGAAGAACUUUUUGAUGUGCCCGACAUGGCUCCCCUUGUAUUCCAACGAUGGCUCUGGGAGGUUAUCGAUGAGAACUUCUUCUCAAAGAAGAGUAAGGAUAUAGUUUGGGCUUCACCUUACUGGGAGGCUCAAGGAACCUUGGAGCGCUACUUGCAAGAACACGACUUCUCCUACGAUGAUGUAAUUGCGUCUCACAUGUUCCCACACUGGAGAUACACCACGAUGCAGUUCUACAUGUCACUCAAAGACUCGCCACGGAAAAGUCAAAGGAUUGAUCCAGCCUGUGUUGUCCCGAUCACUGCCAGAGCAAUUGGUCAGUACUUCCCACAGGAGCCCGAAGAGGAAUCCAUGAAAAGGGAAUAUUCAACAACCCUCCAAAACCUUAGCGAUGCAGUAGUCAAGAUGGACUUUUUCUUCAGCGCCAAUCUGACCGUCUUCUCCCAUGUCUUUCACCACCCCACGACUCAACAAACCUGCGGGUUUCCCUACUCGCCUAAGCUUGAAGGAGUGAAGGGCAUGUUCAUGAAGGCAAUUGGCGGAAGUGACGCAGCCACCGGACGAACUGUCGAUCUUGUAGUCGAGCCUAUGCUGCAGCGACGUGGGGAUCCCUUGGGGUUCGAUUACAAUGUUAAAACGGCCGUACAUCCCAUGAAAGUUUGCGUGGCUUGGCUCGAGGCCCACCGCAACCAGCCAGACUCGCCAGAGGUAGACGGAGAGGAAGAACAUGGGGAAGAGACAGAUGAUGCGACUGCAGAGGAGAAGAGCGAGGAACAUGGCGACGAUGAUUCUGAGGAUGAGGAAGGCAAAGAAGUAGAGGGGCUGAUACAAGAGGGCAAGGAGAGCAGGGAGGAAGUAGACGAGGAGGAGGAUGAUAAGAAUGAAGAAGAUAAAGGGACAAUGAAGGAGGGGAAGAAGAAUAACAAGAAUAAGGAGAGGGCAGACAACGAGGUUGAGGAUGAAGGCGUGGAAGAAGACAAUCUAACAAAGCAGGAGGAUAGAGAGACAAACACAAAGGAGAUAACCGAAAGCAAGAAAAAGAAAAAGAACCAAAAGAAGCGUUUUUAUCAGUAA